AUGGUGCGCGUCGCCAGCCCGGCCCGGCCUGUUCCUGCUCCCCGCACCAGGCCAAUGGUGCGCGUCGCCAGCCCGGUCCGGCCCGCUCCUGCUCCCCGCACCAAGCCAAUGGUGCGCGUCACCAGCCCGGUCCGGCCUGUUCCUGCUCCCCGCACCAAGCCUAUGGUGCGCGUCGCCGGCCCGGCCCGGCCUGUUCCUGCUCCCCGCGCCAAGCCAAUGGUGCGCGUCGCCAGUCCGGCCCGGCCUGUUCCUGCUCCCCGCACCAAGCUUAUGGUGCGCGUCGCCAGCCCGGUCCGGCCCGUUCCUGCUCCCCACACCAAGCCAGUGGUGUGCGUCGUCAGUCCGGCACGGCCCGUGCCUGUUCCACCGGUGCCUGGUCCGGCACCGGUCAGCUGCUUCACGCUGGAGCUGGAGCAAUCCGCUCCACCAGUGUGCAGUCCAGCUCCGGUCAGCGGGGCCAGACCGGACCAGGGGUACUUUGGGGGGUUGGAGAGGGAGUGGGGAUCAGGUCCGGAGCCGGAUCCGCCGCCAAGGCGGAGUGCCCACCCGGUCCCUCCCCUGUGGUGUUUGGUUGGCGCGGCCGGAGUCCGCGCCUUUGGGGGGGGGGGGGGGUACUGUCACGCCCUGGCUCGGGGGACUCUAGUAUGUUGA